UCAUAGCAUGGCUACGCUUCUUCUUCUCACACUCCUCUCUCUGACCACCAUAACAUUUUCUCUCGCAGAGAAUAUAAGCAUCGACUGUGGAGCUUCGAGAUCCUACGUGGACGCUGACAAUGUAACAUGGCUCGGAGACAAAGGCUUCGUCACUACGGGUGAGUCGUUCCAAAUUCCGGGUAACCUUACAGAGCCGAUCAACAACCUCAGAUACUUCUCUUCCGGUCAAACCAACUGCUACACAAACAUUCCGGCGACGAAAGGCGGGAAAACCCUCGUGAGAACGCUGUUUUACUACGGGAACUACGACAAGAAGUCGUCGCCACCGUCGUUUAACGUUGUUUACGAUGGGAAACACCUUGACAAUGUUGUUACUGAUUCACUGUUUGUCUCGGAGGUGAUAUAUGCUCCGGCGAGUGAGAAUAUCAGCGUUUGCCUAAUCCGUACGUCGCCUUCGGAUGAUACUUUUAUAUCAUCUAUUGAAGUUUAUAGUUUGGACGCUGGGAUGUAUGACGAUCUUGGUCCUGACGAAGGUCUCGUUCUCCGACAAAGAUAUGCGUAUGGUGCCAAAGAGCUUAUAGGCUACCUUUUAGACCCGUACGGUAGGCUAUGGUUCCAGUCAAGUUCCAACGACCCAACAAUCAGCGAAUUAACGACCUCAGCCCCAUCCAUCGACAAUUCUGGCGCGUCAAACAAGCCGCCCGAGAUUGUAAUGUCAAAGGCUUUGUCAGCAGCCAGCUUAAUUCUAUCAGACGACACACUACCCUUAGCGGGCUUACCGGUUUACUUGGCUCUAUACUUCUCGGAGCCUCAGAGUCUAGGUCGGACUCAAACACGGUCGUUCAACAUUUUCUUAGAUACCAACGAAGUGGGUUCAGGCCCCAUCGUACCGGUGUUCGGGAAAGUGACUCAAGUUGUCGUAAGAGAUGUGGUGGCCACGUCAGUUUCCCAAGUGGUCCUUCAGUCUACAGAUGACUCUACUUUGCCUCCUAUUAUCAAUUCUUUGGAGCUAUAUUCGAUAAGUUAUGGCCAAGACGGUGGCGAUAAUGGAGGAGGAGAAAGCGGCAGUGGUGGUGGAGGACAAAGCGGCGAUAGCAAUGAUAAUUCGGAAGUUAUAGGUUCUGGAGGAACGGAAACACGAACAAACAAGGCAGUGGGAGGGCCUGGGAAAGUGACAGGGAUAUCACCUUUAGUUGGACAGCAAUCACUACAAGAAAACAGGCAAUUUACGACUACGAUUGGCGACUAAACUCGUAGUCGCCAAAUUUAGUGACUAUAUACCGACUGUUUAACUACUACUUUACAACUGCUAAAACUUAGUCGUAAAUUAGUUGUUUUUUACCGACUGAAAUGAAUAGUUGGUUCAGUAGUCGUUAAUUAGCGACUAUUUUACGACUGAAAGACAAGAAAGUAAUUUUGUCAGCAAACAGUAGCUAAAUUGGCGACUACAUGGUGACUACUGCGGCGAGUCGUUAAUUUGGCUACUAAAAUACGACUAAAUUAGUUAGUCGGAUAUUUGGCGACUACUAAGCGACUAUUGAGGUGAGUCGCAAACAUGUCGGCCAAAAAGAAACACGUUUUUUUCGUUUGUGGGGUUGGUAAGCUUUGUUUUGUUGCGACUGUUAGUUUGAGUCACAUCAGAGUCGUUUUACAGUCGUUUUUCAGUCGCCAAAUUUCUCUAUAUAUACCACACCUUCCUUUCUUAUUUCAUUCACACCACAAGCAAGAGCAUUAGCAAGAAAGAAAUCGAGAGUAACAAAAAAAAUUUUGAGAGUGAGAAAAAAAAUAGAGUGAGAAAAAAAAAACAAGAGUGA